CCGGCCUUGCGCUGGUUUGAGUCCUGCACGCGGCACAUAGAGGUGGUGCGAGAGGGCAGGUUGGAACGCGUGACCUUCACAGUGCCGCCCAUCUGCGAGUUCUUGACGGAGCAGGCGAUGGAGCACAUGCUGUCACAGACCAAACGGGAUGAGCAGGGCAGCAAGAUAGCCUAUCUCGUGUCGUGUCAGGAUAAGUUGUACACAAAGGUAGUGUGGGAGUAG